AGCAAGUGGUUAUCCCUUUUUUACAACUAACUAAUGAGUGAGAGGUCAAAUGGGGGAGUUCCUGGUCCUUCCGCUUCAGAUAAUGCAGUAUAUGUUGUCGACGGGCCAUCUCAUGAACAAGAAGUCCGCGCCUUGGCAAUUUUAGCCAUAGUUGUGAUCGGUUUCUUAGCUAUAAUUGCAUUAUUGUAUACUAUCCGUUGGGUAUGCCUUCUAAUGAAAAUUAGGAGAGAAUCUGAGAAAACCGAAGCAGCGGAAGCGGAAUCAAGCCUUCACGGAGACACUGAACCAGCUGAUGAAGAUGUGAUAAGUGGGCUAACCUCUGAAAGUGAAAGCGCAAAACGCUGCUACCCUUCGACUGAAAAAAUGAUAGAACUCAUGUUGUUUAAAAAGACGCCUGAGAAGAAGAAAGAGGGUGUGACGUUGGGAACGAUGAAGCCAUGUCCAGACUAUUCGCAAAUCGCUUUCAAGAAUGAACAGAUGUACAUCGGUGGCCUUUCAAAACGUCCAAAAGAACCACCAGGAAACGUAUCCACUUUGGAAACACCGUAUGCCAAAAAUGUGGGCCAGCUUCCUCAAACAGCAGGAGAGAAUGCGAUAUUAUCAGCAAAGUCACCGCCUAAAAAAUCACAGGAAGUUAGGAACGCUGGUGCUGCACCAGUCCUAGCUGAUACAGAUCAAGUGCCAUUAGGAGUUCCACCACGUACUCAGUUACCUCUAGGCAAAACACAAUUGUCCUUAGCACCUGCAGGCAUCGUCUCAACGCCUGUACAACAGCCCCAACUCAACCCUCAAUCCAGGCCUUACACAGGUGCUGAUAUGAUGAUAGUGGGACAAUCAUCUGCUAGGUCAGCUUCGAGCACCGAUGGAAUCAAUGCCGACGCACGUGUUGCUGAUGCCGGCGUGAAGAUCACCGGCGCCGCAGUAUCAAUAAAGCCGAUGCGUCAUCAUCUAGACGGGAUAAUGAAAGUUUACCUUAGAAGACCAGCUGUGCGAUCUUAUAAAGAACAGAAGAAGAAUUGUGAAAUUGUUUUCAAUGUGAUAACGGUCGUG